CGGCGGGGGGAAGGUAGAGAAGGGGAGGGGACAAGCCGGAUCCUCCCGGCCGCCCCGGCCUUCUCUCUUCACCCCGUGCGGAGACGCCGCGCCGAGCCCCGAGGUUAGCGCGGAGCCCGAGGCGUGGGGGGAGGGGACGGGAACGACCGGAGCCCCGCGGCGACCCCGAGCGGCCGAAUUGCCCCAGGCUUUGAGGAGCGGGGGACGCGCCCGAACAAGGUGAACUUUGGUCGCGGAAAACUCAAGCCAGGUGCCGGAAUCCGUGCUGCGGCGCUCGGGACGCGGCGCCGACCGCGCGCCGGGCUGGGGAGCAGGAGCCCCGCGGCCUCUCUCCGCCUGCGCCUGGGCCGGCCUCGGCCCGGAGCCCCCCGGCCCCGCUCCGGCGCCCAGGCCAGUGGGACCCGCCGCGGCGCCCUCGCCUUGUUUCUUCCCCCUCCCCCUUCGGGGGUGGGGGGUGGGGCGGGGGAGAGGGGCGCCCGGAGAGCCUCAUCUAUUGGCAGCUUUGUUAUUGAUCAGAAACUGCUCGCCGCCGACUUGGCUUCCAGUCUGGCUGCUCGCGACCCUUGAGUUUUCGCCUCUGUCCUGUCCCCCGAACUGACAGGUGCUCCCAGCAAGUUGCUGGUGACUUCUCGCCGCUCCCCCGCGUCCCCACCCCCUCAUUCCUCCCUCGCCUUCACCCCCACCCCCACCACUUCGCCACAGCUCAGGAUUUGUUUAAACCUUGGGAAACUGGUUCAGGUCCAGGUUUUGCUUUGAUCCUUUUCAAAAACUGGAGACACAGAAGAGGGCUCUAGGAAAAAGUUUUGGAUGGGAUUAUGUGGAAACUACCCUGCGAUUCUCUGCUGCCAGAGCAGGCUCGGCGCUUCCACCCCAGUGCAGCCUUCCCCUGGCGGUGGUGAAAGAGACUCGGGAGUCGCUGCUUCCAAAGUGCCCGCCGUGAGUGAGCUCUCGUCCCAGUCAGCCAAAUGCUCCUCCUCAGGCUUCUCCUGCUGACAUCUGCCCUGGCCGGCCAGAGACAGGGGACUCAGGCGGAAUCCAACCUGAGUAGUAAAUUCCAGUUCUCCAGCAACAAGGAACAGAACGGAGUACAAGAUCCUCAGCAUGAGAGAAUUAUUACUGUGUCUACUAAUGGAAGUAUUCACAGCCCAAGGUUUCCUCAUACUUAUCCAAGAAAUACGGUCUUGGUAUGGAGAUUAGUAGCAGUAGAGGAAAAUGUAUGGAUACAACUUACGUUUGAUGAAAGAUUUGGGCUUGAAGACCCAGAAGAUGACAUAUGCAAGUAUGAUUUUGUAGAAGUUGAGGAACCCAGUGAUGGAACUAUAUUAGGGCGCUGGUGUGGUUCUGGUACUGUACCAGGAAAACAGAUUUCUAAAGGAAAUCAAAUUAGGAUAAGAUUUGUAUCUGAUGAAUAUUUUCCUUCUGAACCAGGGUUCUGCAUCCACUACAACAUUGUCAUGCCACAAUUCACAGAAGCUGUGAGUCCUUCAGUGUUACCCCCUUCAGCUUUGCCACUGGACCUGCUUAAUAAUGCUAUAACCGCCUUUAGUACCUUGGAAGACCUUAUUCGAUAUCUUGAACCAGAUAGAUGGCAGUUGGACUUAGAAGAUCUAUAUAGGCCAACUUGGCAACUUCUUGGCAAGGCUUUUGUUUUUGGAAGAAAAUCCAGAGUGGUGGAUCUGAACCUUCUAACAGAGGAGGUAAGAUUAUACAGCUGCACACCUCGUAACUUCUCAGUAUCCAUAAGGGAAGAACUAAAGAGAACCGAUACCAUUUUCUGGCCAGGUUGUCUCCUGGUUAAACGCUGUGGUGGGAACUGUGCCUGUUGUCUCCACAAUUGCAAUGAAUGUCAAUGUGUCCCAAGCAAAGUUACUAAAAAAUACCACGAGGUCCUUCAGUUGAGACCAAAGACUGGUGUUAGAGGAUUGCAUAAAUCACUCACUGAUGUGGCCCUAGAGCACCAUGAGGAGUGUGACUGUGUGUGCAGAGGGAGCACAGGAGGAUAACCGCAUCACCAGCAGCAGCUCUUGCCCAGAGAGAGCUGUGCAGUGCAGUGGCUGAUUCUGUUAGAGAACUUAUGCGUUAUCUCCAUCCUUAAUCUCAGUUGUUUGCUUCAAGGACCUUUCAUCUUCAGGAUUUACAGUGCCUUCUGAAAGAGGAGACAUCAAACAGAAUUAGGAGUUGUGCAACAGCGCUUUUGGGAGGAGGCCCAAAGGACAGGAGAAAAGGUCUUCAAUUGUGGAAAGAAAAUUAAAUGCUGUAUUAAAUACAUCACCAGCUAGUUGCAGAGUUACCAUGUACCUAUUCCACUAGCUGGGUUCUGUAUUUCAGUUGUUUUGAUAUGGCUUAGGGUAAUGUCAAUACAGGAAAAAACUGUGCAAGUGAACACCUGAUUCUGUUGCCUUGCUUAACUCUAAAGCUCCAUGUCCUGGGCCUCGAAUCAUAUAAAAUCUGGAUUUUUUUUUUUUUUUUUUUUGCUCAUAUUCACAUAUGUAAACCAGAACAUUCUAUGUACUACAAACCUGGUUUUUAAAAAGGAACUAUGUUGCUAUGAAUUAAACUUGUGUCAUGCUGAUAGGACAGACUGGAUUUGUCAUACUUCUUAUUAAAAUUUCUGCCAUUUAGAAGAAGAGAACUACAUUCAUGGUUUGGAAGAGACAAACCUGAAAAGAAGAGUGGCCUUAUCUUCACUUUAUCUAUAAGUCAGUUUAUUUGUUUCAUUGUGUACAUUUUUAUAUUCUCCUUUUGACAUUAUAACUGUUGGCUUUUCUAAUCUUGUUAAAUAUAUCUAUUUUUACCAAAGGUAUUUAAUAUUCUUUUUUAUGACAACUUAGAUCAACUAUUUUUAGCUUGGUAAAUUUUUCUAAACAGAAUUGUUAUAGCCAGAGGAACAAAGAUGAUAUAAAAUAUUGUUGCUCUGACAAAAAUACAUGUAUUUCAUUCUCGUAUGGUGCUAGAGUUAGAUUAAUCUGCAUUUUUAAAAACUGAAUUGGAAAUCAGUAGAAUUGGUAAGUUGCAAAGACUUUUUGAAAUAAUUAAAUUAUCAUAUCUUCCAUUCCUGUUAUUGGAGAUGAAAAUAAAAAAGCAACUUGUGAACGUAGACAUUCACAUCCAGCCAUUACUAAUCUAUUCCUUUUUUGGGGAAAUCUGAGCCUAGCUCGGAAAAACAUAAAGCACCUUGAAAAAGACUUGGCAGCUUCCUGACAAAGCAUGCUGUGCUGUGCUGGGCAGUAGGAACACAUCCUAUUUAUUGUGAUGUUACGGUUUUAUUAUCUUAAACUCUGUUCCAUACACUUGUAUAAAUACAUGGAUAUUUUUAUGUACAGAAGUAUAUCCCUUAACCAGUUCACUUAUUGUACUCUGGCAAUUGAAAAGAAAAUCAGUAAAAUAUUUUGCUUGUAAAAUGCUUAAUAUUGUGCCUAGGUUAUGUGGUGACUAUUUGAAUUAAAAAUGUAUUGAAUCAUCAAAUAAAAGAAUGUGGCUAUUUUGGGGAGAAAAUUA